AAUGCUUUUUAAAAUUGCAAAAUUAUCGAAACAAUUUUUAAUAACUAGUGAAUGUAUUCAGCCAUGUAUUCUAACCUCCAAAAACAAUCGAUAUUUUAUUAAAAAAACACCAAUUAUUUCUAAUAUAUAUUCUAAAAUUUUAUAUAAAUCGUAUUGUAGUUCUACAAAUGAUAACAAAAGUUCCGAGACACAAAUUUAUGGAUCUCUCACCGAUGAUCAAGUUAAAAAUAUAACUGAUGGAGAUCCCGAUCUUGAAAAGAAAUUAAAACUUUUAAUAUUAGAAACAGAAGUCUUACGACAAGAUGGACAAAAAGUACCAAGCACUGAAUUUAUAAAAGACUUUCAAUGGAAAGAAUUAUUAUCAAAGGAUACGAAAUCGUCUCGCAGAAAAUAUCUUAGCUUUUUAUUCUCAAUUGAAAAGAAAAAAGAAAAUAGAAUAGAAAAGAAAAAUUUAAAAAGAAAAGAAUUAGAAGAAAGAAAAGCUGAAGAUAAACCUGAACGUCAAUAUGGUUUGGGAGCAAAUACUAUAUUAUUACGAAUUUAUGAAACCACCAUGAAUCAACAGGCUAAUAAUAGAUUAAUUCAAGCUAUGCAAUUCAAUCAAAAGUUAGUUAUUGAUUGUGGCUACGAUGAACAUAUGAAUAAUAUGGAAAAAAUUAAUACAGCAAAACAAUUAAUGUUACUUUUUGCUGAAAAUCGUGCACACUCAGAACCUUUCGAUUUACAUUACUGCAAUGCAAAUUUCAAUGAAAAAGUAAUGCAAGCUUUAAAUCGACAUAUACCAACUUUACUUGAACCUUGGUUUCCAUUACAUGUCCAUACAAAAAGUUAUUUGGAUAUAUUUCCAAAAGAGAAAUUAGUAUACAUGACUCCACAUUGUCGAGAUGAUUUAGUGGAAUACGAUCACGAUGCCAUUUAUAUUAUUGGAGCCAUGGUUGAUAAAAUGAAUAAUGAGCCAUUAUCUUUAGCCAAAGCAAAAAAAGAAGGAUUACGAAUGAAACGUUUACCGCUGGAUCGAUACCUACAAUGGGGAUCAGGAUCGGGGAAAAGUUUAACAUUAAAUCAAAUGGUGUCAAUUUUACUUGAUGUAAAAACUACUGGUGAUUGGAAUUAUGCGUUACGGCAUGUUCCCAGAAGAAAAGUUAUGGAAAUUGGUCAUAAUAUUUUAAGGAAUGACAAAAGUUCUUUGCGAUUUAAUAAAAACUCAAGUCGAACUGUUAAAAGUUAUCCAGAAAAUUCAAAAGAAAUUAAAAGUAAUUUUCAACCCGAUAGAAAAAUGCGAAAAUCAAAAUUAUUAGUGAGUAGUAUAUUCAAUAAAUGAUAUGUCAAUUAAAUUGAUUUUGAA